AUGAGGACUCUCAACACGUCUACCAUGGAAGGCACCGGGCUGGUGGCGGAGAGAGACUUCUCCUUCCGCAUUCUCACAGCCUGUUUCCUGUCGCUGCUCAUCCUGUCCACCCUCCUGGGGAACACGCUGGUCUGUGCCGCCGUGAUCAGGUUCCGCCACCUGCGAUCCAAGGUGACUAACUUCUUCGUCAUCUCCUUGGCUGUAUCGGAUCUCUUGGUGGCCGUCUUGGUCAUGCCCUGGAAAGCGGUGGCCGAGAUCGCUGGCUUCUGGCCCUUCGGGUCCUUCUGUAACAUCUGGGUGGCCUUUGACAUCAUGUGCUCCACUGCAUCCAUCCUCAAUCUCUGUGUGAUCAGUGUGGACAGGUAUUGGGCCAUCUCUAGCCCCUUCCGGUAUGAGAGGAAGAUGACCCCCAAGGCAGCCUUCAUUCUGAUCAGUGUGGCAUGGACUUUGUCGGUUCUUAUCUCCUUCAUCCCCGUGCAGCUCAGCUGGCACAAGGCAAAACCCACAGGUCCCUCCGAGGGGAAUGCCACUUCCCUGGGCAAGACCAUCAACAACUGUGACUCCAGCCUGAGCAGGACAUAUGCCAUUUCAUCCUCUCUAAUAAGCUUUUACAUCCCUGUGGCCAUCAUGAUUGUCACCUACACCAGGAUCUACAGGAUCGCCCAGAAACAAAUACGGCGCAUCGCAGCCUUGGAGAGGGCAGCAGUCCAUGCCAAGAGCUGCCAGACCACUACAGGUAACGGAAACCCCAUGGAGUGUUCUCAACCAGAGAGCUCCUUUAAGAUGUCCUUCAAAAGAGAGACUAAAGUUCUGAAGACUCUGUCGGUGAUCAUGGGGGUGUUUGUGUGCUGCUGGCUCCCUUUCUUCAUCUUGAACUGCAUGGUGCCCUUCUGUGGGUCUGGAGAGACGAAGCCCUUCUGCAUCGAUUCCAUCACCUUUGACGUGUUUGUGUGGUUUGGGUGGGCUAAUUCCUCCUUGAACCCCAUCAUUUAUGCCUUUAAUGCUGAUUUUCGGAAGGCAUUUUCCACCCUCUUAGGAUGCUACAGGCUUUGCCCGACGACGAAUAAUGCCAUAGAGACGGUUAGCAUCAAUAACAAUGGAGCUGUGGUGUUUUCCAGCCAUCACGAGCCUCGGGGUUCCAUCUCCAAGGACUGCAAUGUGGUGUACCUGAUCCCACAUGCUGUGGGCUCCUCUGAGGGCCUGAAGAAGGAAGAGGCAGGUGGAAUAGCCAAGCCCUUGGAGAAGCUGUCCCCAGCCCUGUCUGUCAUUUUGGACUAUGACACUGAUGUCUCUCUUGAGAAGAUCCAGCCCAUCACACAGAAUGGGCAGCACCCGACCUGA